AUGCCGGCGGUGCAGCAUCACCAGCGACUGCCUCCUGUCUACGAAGCGGCCGAUAGCGAAGACUGCGACGCCGACGUGCACUACAUCUCGCAGGAAAAGUCGCUGUACAUUAUUUCCGCGCAUAGCUAUGUGCCUUCAUUAAUCAAAGCCCCUUGCGACCGCGACGACAGCUGGGCGAACCACCACCGACUGCCUCACCGCAUUGGCACACCACUCCGCAUCGAUACCCAGCGACGACCGCCCCGACCGCUCAUGGCCACCCUCACCUACGCCCACGAUGCCCAGCAAACGUUUGGCGCUCCGCCCGGCAGCCCGCCUGACCUCACAAACUCAAAGUCGUCCAAGUCGUCCAGCAUCCACUCGUCCACCCUGCUAGACUUCAUGGGCACGACGGAGAACCUCUCGCACUUUGAGGACAUCAACCUCGACGAAGCAUCAGGUGGGCCCUCCUCCUUCCCCGUGCCUGCGAGCCCGUCUAAUCGCGUUCUCUUCGAAGCCCCGCGCGCCUCGCUUUCCACCAGGAGCCUCCCGCACUCGCACUCGGCCCACUCCUUCCGCGACCUGACGGGUGCAACCAAGCAAAAGUACCCGAGCCUCAAGGGCCAGGUCAACCACGCCGUUCGUCAGCAGGCCCAGCUCUCCGCUCCCGGCAAGCAAGCCAGAAGAGGCUUCACCUCGCCCUCUGUCCCCUCGCUCUCUAGCCUGAGCCUUGCCGCGCCCCAACGCUCCUCGCGCUCACCAUCUCCGUCAAACACACACAAGUCCGCUUCGGGACCCCGCACAUUAUCUCGCAAGAGCUCGCGGAACGAUGUCUUGCCGUCCCCGGGCUUGGGCUCCAGGAGGCAGUCGUGGCAGGACUCCAAAAGAAAAACUGUAAAAGAAAGGGAGGCAGAGUGCGACGACGAAGACGAUGAGCUCCCUGAGGACGCUGUCAUCUGGAAUGUCCCCAUUUCGCCACGCCCUACUCAGGAUCGGUCGCCGGCGUCAUGGACUGGAGAGAGUCCGCCAUUAAUGUCACCGCAUCCUGGCGUCUCUUCAUCUUCGAGGACAUCUCCCGCACCUUCUGCGCGCGUCUCCCAGCGAACUCCGUCACCCAACGUUUCUAGCAGGGGCGUGUCUCCCCAACCCGGGGCACAGCAAAACACAUGGGCCGAGACGUACACCGCGUUAGAUACCGACGCCAAGUUGAUCACAGAGAAGCUAGAGGAGUUCCAAUCCGAAUUUGAGCGGAAGCAAGAAAUCUCACGGCAACAGCCCGGUCUCACGCGUUCAGCAUCUAUGAGCCAGCCAGAGCCAAAGAGCAAAAAGCCAGCACUCCCGCCUGUUCGCAAGAGCGAUCCUCUGAUCGACCCUUUCCAGCCCUCAGUUGAGAAGCAGAAGUACCUCUCGCGCACCCGACCGUCAUGGCUUCCACCCAAGAACCCCAAGGAGGAGAAGAAGCACCUCAAGGAGUACCAGCGCAUGUUGGCUCGUAUUGAGGAAGCUGAACGUCUCGAGGCUCAACGCGCCCAAGAGGAAGCCCUGGCUCGUGAAAAGGCCAGCCGCAUCAAGGCUGAAUACUGGUCGAGUUUACUGCUACCAAACUGGGCCACCGAGAUGACCAACUCCGAGCUACGUGCCUCGCACAGGAAGAUGUGGUGGAACGGAAUCCCCCCACGGUUGCGAGGCCAAGUCUGGCAGAAAGCGAUUGGAAACGACCUCGAGGUCACAGAAGCCACUUACAACAUUGCCUUGGAGAAAGCACGCAAAGAAGUAAAGACACAUGGCCACGAAGCGCUCGGAGGCCGCUAUGUCUACAUUGUCGAAAGCACCCAAGCAGUAUUUCCCGAACUCAAGAUGUUUGCCGCACGAACGUCACAGGCUGCAGAGGACGAGCAGCCGCUGCAUCGGGACCUUGUCGAUGUGUGCCUGGCGUAUUCGAUGUACCGCCCGGACAUCCCACACUCAAGUUUCGACAUACACCACAUCGCAGCAUUGCUCUUAUUGAACCUUGCCGCGCCGCAAGCCUUCGUCACCUUGUCAAAUCUGCUCAACCGCCCAUUGCCAUUGUCCUUCCUCAUCCACGACCAAAACGCCAUACACGCCGCCUACUCCACAACACUGCACGUUCUGUCGAAGAAAGCGCCUAGCCUGGCCCAACGACUAGAGACGCUACGAGUUGAACCCAGAGAUUACCUCUUCCAUACCCUCGGCUCACUGUUCUGCGGUCGUCUAGGUGUUGAGCACGCCGCGCGCAUCAUGGACAUUUACACCAUCGAGGGCGACAAGAACGUCCCACGCGCUGCCGUCGCUAUACUCAGUAUACUGGAAGGCAGCUGCAUGGAGGGCGACGCUGCGCAGGUUGCAAAGACACUUCGCGAGAAGAAGAUUGAACUCGAUGUGGACGAGUUCAUGAACAAGGUGUUUGAAGCGGGCAAGAGCUCGUAG